AUGAGUCGUAAGCGCAACCGUCCAGAAGAAUGGGGUGACAUCGAGCCAUCUCCUGUUAUUCACAUUACUGACUUGCCGGAACAUACACUAGAAAUCGAUUUGGAAAAGUUAUUUGACAAAUAUGGUCGCAUAGUUGAGAUCAUCAUGCUGCCCAACAAGCGGCAAGCUCUUGUAGAGUUCGAAGACCAGAACGAUGCUGAUCGUGUAAUUCAAAGAUCUAACGAGUAUCCGUUUACGGUCAACAAUCAGCGUCUUCGAUUGGCAUACAGCACCUCGAAACGGCUGACUUUCCGUGGUCGUCUUGACGACAGUGCCAUACAAAGUGAUCGGCCACCUCCUAUGGAAAAUAACAUUCUCCUUCUGACAAUCUACAAUGCUCAGUAUCCUAUAACAGUAGAUGUUAUUCAUCAAGUCACUAACCGUCAUGGUAAAGUGUUGAGAAUAGUCAUAUUCCGCAAAACCGGUGUUCAAGCCAUGGUUGAAUUCGCUACAGUCGCAGACGCCCGGGAAACCAAGCGUCAUAUCAACGGUGCGGACAUCUACUCAGGCUGUUGCUCUCUCAAGGUCGAGUACGCAAAGCAGACACGAUUGAAGGUGACACGGAAUUGUCUUGAUAGUUGGGACUAUGAAAAUCCUACUCUAAUGGAUGAGACUGGGAUGGGUGUUCAGGGAAGACCCGUGGCUGCAGCAGCAGCCGCUUCUCUAUUAGGUAAAUUCGAUGGCGAGUUAGGAAAGCGGGCUGAUGCCUACCUGCCUGGCAACCUCGCGGCCGUCUCACCUAACUCCGUCAUCAGCGCACUCGCAAUGGUAGCUGCAGGACAGCAACAACAACAACAGGGCGUUUUCGGUGGUGGUUACUCUGACAUGAACGAUAGAUCUGCCACUCCCGUCAUUAUGGUCUACAAUUUGAAUAUGGCUCAUGCCAAUUGUGACAGAUUGUUCAAUCUCUUCUGCCUUUACGGAGACGUCGGUCCAAUAAAAUUCCUUCGCUCGAAGGAGGGAACGGCGAUGGUUGAAUUGCACGGAAUCGCCAACGCUAACGGUGCCCUCGUCAACCUACCGAUGAUUUCAUUCGCUGGAAAACGACUCAGCGGUCAGCUGAGCCGACAACAGCACAUAGUCGAGGUCAGUCAGCCCUACAUACUGCCUGAUGGCAGUCCCUCAUUCAAAGACUUCACAGGCUCCCGGAACAACCGGUACACCCACGACAGUGCCGCGAAAAAUCGCGUCUACCCUCCCUCGCGCAUGCUCCACUUCUGGAACUGCCCUCCUGGCAUUAGCUCUUCACAACUUCAGGAGGUCUUUGCCCACGCUGGGGUCUCUGUCCCCAACACAGCAGUAGGCUCGGCACCAGCACCCCCACUCUACGCCUUCCCACCUGUCCUCAUCUCUUCUAGUGUGGUGAGCCUCUUCAAGAAAAACGAGCGUAAUUCUUCGGGGGUGUUGGAGUGGAACUCCGUGGAGGAGGCAUGUGAUGCACUCAUCUUCUGCAAUCACACUGUUAUCCCUUCGCCGGGUGAUCGGGUGCCCUUCGUUAUGCGUCUCGCAUUCUCCAGCUCGGGCGCUGCUGAACGUCUAGCAGCUCCUCCUCCAACGGGUGGCACCUCUCUUCCGGUAAAGUCACCGGGGGGGCCGCGCCACCAUCUUCUGGGUCCGCCGCAUCCGUCGUUGCGUCUGGCAUCAACAAUAAGGGGGACAACUGAGUGCUGGCGGCAGUCACCACGCCACUACUACUACUACUCAAUCUACAUUCAACAUUACACACCAUCUCCAUCAUCUGCGCGCAAAAAAAAACAGCAAAAACAACUAAACAGCAAAUGCAACAGAGGCUACUUGUGCUCUCGGCGCCCGGUGCGAUGGCGUGAACAACGUCAACAGCAGGGAUAG